GCCCACUAGACACCAUCUUCAGUAAUUUCAUUGAUGCUCUCCCAGUUGUAUUGCUCAGAAAACAACAAGCGCGUCAUUCACUUCUCAACAUGUGAAGUGUAUGGGAAAACGAUAGGAAGCUUCCUACCCAAUGAUCAUCCUCUUAGAAAGAACAAGAAAGAAAGGAAGAAGGUGUGUGAGGUUGACAUCUUGAAAAAGGAUCCUGAGGCUAUUCGAGAGCAAAUUGAGAAGCUGGAAAGAAUGAUUUACAAAUCUCAAGUACUCUACAAUUGA